CCGCCGGGCCGGCCAUGGGCGACCGCGAGCGCAACAAGAAGCGGCUGCUGGAGCUGCUGCAGGCGGCGGGCACCGGCAACGCGCACUGCGCCGACUGCGGGGCGGCGGAUCCCGACUGGGCCUCUUAUAAGCUGGGCAUCUUCAUCUGUCUGAACUGCUCCGGCGUCCACCGCAACUUCCCAGACAUCAGCAAAGUUAAAUCCGUGAGACUUGACUUCUGGGACGACAGUAUUGUGGAGUUUAUGACCCACAACGGGAACCUCCGUGUGAAGGCCAAGUACGAAGCCAGAGUCCCUGCUUUCUACUAUAUCCCCCAGGCCAACGACUGCCUGGUCUUAAAGGAACAAUGGAUUCGAGCUAAGUAUGAGAGACAGGAAUUUAUGGCUGAUGGGAAGACCAUCUUACCGCCAGGUAACCGAGAAGGGUUCCUGUGGAAGCGGGGAAAGGACAACGCGCAGUUCCUGAGAAGGAGGUUUGUCCUCCUGGCAAGAGAAGGCCUCCUGAAGUACUACACUAAAGAAGAGGGUAAAAGCCCCAAAGCUGUCAUCAGCAUCAAGGACUUGAAUGCCACCUUCCAGACAGAGAAGAUAGGGAACCCCCACGGGCUGCAGAUCACCUACAGCAGAGAGGGGCACAUCAGGAACCUGUUUGUGUAUCACGAGAGUGGGAAGGAGAUAGUGGACUGGUUCAAUGCCCUCCGUGCAGCCCGUCUGCAAUACCUAAAAAUGGCCUUUCCUGAGCUCCCAGAGUCUGAGCUCGUGCCCCUCAUCACCAGGAACUACCUCAAACAAGGCUUCAUGGAAAAGACUGGCCCAAAGCAGAGAGAACCUUUCAAGAAAAGGUGGUUCGCCCUGGAUCCCCAGGAGCGGAGGCUGCUCUAUUACAAGAACCCACUGGACGCCUUUGAGCAAGGCCAGGUUUUUCUCGGGAGCAAUGAGCAGGGGUACGAGGUAUAUGAGGACCUGCCCAAGGGCGUCCGAGGGAAUCGCUGGAAAGCCGGCCUCACCAUCGUCACCCCCCAGCGGAGAUUCAUCUUCACCUGCCCCAGCGAGAAGGAGCAGCGGGAAUGGCUGGAGAGUUUCCGGGAUGUCCUCUCCCGCCCCUUCACACCCCUGAACCUCCUCACAGCAUCAACAGAGAGUGGCUGCAGCAAGAGGUGACCCAUUGGCCGAGGAGCUGGCUGGCCACUGGCCCCCCGGAGCUCCUGGUGGGAAGGAAAAGUUCUCGCCUUGGACUUGGUUGCCCAGCAGGAGUGCCCCACAGUCAGCAGCCAUUGCUGGCAGUAAACUCUGCCAAGACUGAAGCUUUGGCCUUUACCCACUGGCUCCCUGGGCCUCUCCACUGCCCAGCCCUGAGGGUCUGGGGAUCUGGUACCUGUCCUCAAGGCCCAGGACAUCUGAAAUGAAGGCACUGCAAUGGAAAGGCACCCACAGCAGCAGGCAGAUGGCAUGCUUGCUCAAAAAAGAAAAGAAAAGAAAAGUUUAAUCUGAAUCUAACCAUGAGGACAUAAUCAGACAAACCCACAUUAGGGACAUUCUGCAAAACAACUGGCCCGGAUUCUUCAAAAAUGUCAAUAUCAUGAAAGACAGAGUAGUGUGGAAACUGUUCUGAAUUAAAGGAGACUAAAGAGACAGCAACAUGCAUUUCAUGAUUCUUUUUUUUUUUUGGUAAGGAAGAUUGUCCCUGAGCUAACAUCUGUGCCAGUCGUCCUCUAUUUCAUAUGUGGGAUGCCACCACAGUGUGGCUUGAUGGGCAGUGUGUAGGUCCGUGCCCGGGAUGGGGAUCUGAACCCAUGAACCCUGGGCCGCUGAAGCAGAGCACAGGAACUUAACCACUAUGCCACUGUGCCGGCCCCCAGUUCAUGAUUCUUGAUUGGAUCCUGGAUUUUUAAAAAAACAGCUAUAAAGGACAUCAUUGAGAUAACUGGGGAAAUUUAAAUAUUGAUGUAUAUUCACUAAUAGUGUUGUAAGAUUGUGAUAAUUAUGCUGUGUUUGUGUAGAACACUCUUGUUGUUAGGGGACAUGUGCUAAAGUGUUCAGGGGUAAAAUGUAGUAAUUUUCAGUCUACAAUGACAACUGACUCUUAAAUGGUUCAGCAAAAAUUAAGUGUAUGUGUCAUAUAUACAUAUAGAGUAUAUACAUAUAUACAUAUAUAUAGUGUGUGUGUAAAUAUGGAAGACAAGAAGUGUAUAUAUACAGGGGGAGAGAGAGAAAAAAAAAGUGGGCCACUGUGUAAAAUGUUAGCAACUGACGAAUCUACAUAAAGUGUAAAUGAGUCUUUAUUGUCCUAUUCAUGCAAACUUUCUAUAGAUUUGAAAGUGUUCAAAUUGAAAAAUUGGGAGAAAAACUUUUAAAAAUAUCUACUUUUCACUCCUCAAAAGCAGUAUUUUUCCUACAUGAGUCAAAAAUGUUCCUGGGAGAGUUCUAUCUUUGUGCACAUUUUAGAAGAAAUAAAAGCCUCGACAGUACAAAAAACCAAUGUCUGCAUUGAUUCUCACUGCACUCUGGAAGGAAAGAAGCAAGCCAAGGAGACAACUCUGCUCGACCCCAGGGCACAGCCUGCGUGCCGGGUCUAGCCUUGCCACUAACUUGAGACUGUUGGAAAACUCACUUCCCCACCUCUGUGCCUUGGGUUUUUUCUUUCAAAUGAGGAAGUUAUACAAACUAUUGAAAUUCAAUGGAAGCAACAAGUAUAUUUGAGCACCUUCCAGGUGCCAGGCUCUGUGCCAAGCCCUGGGAAUAGGCAGGAACCAGAUGACACGGUCCCUGCUGUCACAGAUUACAGACUGCUGGAAGGCAGCCCUUACACGGGGCAGGACAAUGAGGUAAGUGUUCAGAAGGGGGAUGUACAGGCUGCUGUGGAAGCCUGUGGCGAUAGGGUUUACCCUAACUGAGGGGGAGAGGGGAGUCUCCUUCCCCUCCAGAAAGUGACGUUAAAGUUGAAAACUGAAAGCUGUUUAGAGGUUAGUCAAAGGGAAGAGGGCGAGGAAAACAGUCUAGGCUGAGGGAAGAAAAUUUUCAAAGACUCCAAGAUGGGAAAGAGGAACUGAAAGAAAUCUCGAAUGGCUAAAGUGUUAGAGAAAUAGAUCACCGAGGUCCUUGCUCUAUAAUUCUUUGUCCCUUCAAGUGAUGUUCAGAAAGACAUUGAGUGUUCUCUCUUCAUUUCAGUGGAGACCCAGAGAGUUGGGAGGGUCUUUAAGACAGUCUCUACUUUUUAUGGGAUUGUCCUUUGGGUCCCCCAAUCAGACGACAAGCAACAUCAUUGGAGUAUCUUUCCUGAGGCGUCCUGACAGCCCAGAUGGACAUGUGGGUGCUUCCUCCUCUGGCUCCUGAAGCACCUUGAAAAUGUCUGCUUCAGCACCUGCUGGGUUGUAUAUUAAAAGUCAGUUUACUUGUCUGCCUCUUUUUACCACCUGUGAGCUCUGUCGGCUGUACUCUGCUAAGUCCUGAGGAUAAGAAAAUCAAUAAAGGCACAGUUUUGCCCUCAAGGAACUUAUAAUCUAGAGGGGAAUAAGGAGAAGUAAACAGGUAGUACCGAAGCUGCUUGAUGAGGGAAAUUGGGAUUCUUAGGAGCCCCUCGGAGGGGCAGAGAACAGACACAAGAGUUGGAGAUAAAGUGCCAGUGAAAUGGAGUGCCUGGUUUUGGUUGGUUUCUGAGGCCUGGCAAAGGCACUCUGUCUUGGGGUUCCCCAAGGAUACCUCUGUACUCUUACAUUAAAUCCUCUUCUCCCUUUUGGCUUGUUAGUACAAGGACAUUUCUGUUACUUGAAUCAGUCCUGACUAAUGACGUUCUCCAAAAGAGUUGAUAUCUAUACUGAAUCCUGAAGAAUGAGUAGAGAUAACUGGGUUGGGGUGGGGGAAGGCAGAGAAAGAAGUGUGUACAAAGACCCAGAGACAAGAGAGGACAUGGCCUGUUUGGGAAACCUCAAAUAAUUUCAUAUGGCUAGAGCACAAAUUGUUGUGGGGAGGAGGAGUAAGAACAGAUUAGAUUGGAGGAGAGUCUGCUUCCAAUAAUGGUGGAGUAGCUCAUAUCAGAACAACCAUUCCACAGAUUACACUUAGAAACUCUGUAUAGACUAUAAUAAAACAAUUAUCUGAAGGCCCUGGAAAAUGACCUAAAGCAGGCAGAAAGUAUAGAGGAGUUGGCACUAGGAAGCAAGGAAUUGCAUGGGCGAGUUUCUCAUUUUUUAGCUUUUCACCUGAGGGCAGGCCCCAGUCAAUGCCUCAGGGGUCCACUAAAACUCUGAUGGAAACCUGCAGUCUUACUGAUUAAAAAAUAGAGGACAGGGGCUGGCACAGUGGCAUAGUGGUUGAGUUAGUGCACUCCGCUUCAGCGGCCAAGGGUUCACAGGUUUGGAUCCUGGGCACGGACCUAUGCACCGCUUAUCAAGCCAUGCUGUGGCAGGCGCCCACAUAUAAAGUAGAGGAAGAUGGGCACAAAUGUUAGCCCAGGGCCAAUCUUCCUCAGCAAAAAGAGGAAGAUUGGCAACAGAUGUUAGCUCAGGGCUGAUCUUCCUCACCAAAAAAAAAAAAAAAAGUAGAGGACAGGGGCCAGCCUGGUGGUGUGGUGCUUAAGUUCACGUGCUCCAUUUCAACAGCCCAGGGUUCAUGGGUUCAGAUCCUGGGCUCAGACCUACAGACCGCUUAUCAAGCCAUGCUGUGGCAGCGUCCCAUAUAAAGUAGAGGAAGAUGGGCACAGAUGUUAGCCCAGGGCCAGUAUUCCUCAGCAAAAAGAGGAGGAUUGGCAAUGGAUGUUAGCUCAGGGCUAAUCUUCCUCACACACACACACACACAAAAUAGAGGACAGAGUUUAGUGUGACCAUAGCAGCUGGAAAGUGAGAGAGGGAAGUCUGGGAGGAUAGGGCCACAGACGCGGAGCCCUGAAUUCUACAUAUUAUCUGCCUGCUCUCUGGAGGAACAUAACAGAAUCCAGAGGUUUGACAAUGUAUCAUUCACAAUAUCAGGAUAUAACCCUGAAUAAGUAUACAUAUGAAGAAACAAGAAAAUAUGAAUUAUACUCAAGAAAAAAAUCAAUCAGUGAAGGCUGAUUCCAAGAUGUCCCAGAUACUGGAAUUAGCAGGCAAGAAUUUUAAAGAAGCUAUUAUAACCAUGCUCAAUAAAUAAAGGAAAGUAUUAUCAUAAUGAAUAAAUAGAUAUGAAAUUUCCACAGAGAAAUAGAAACUAGAAAAAAGAACCAAAUGGAAAUUCUAGAACUGAAAAAUAUUUUAGAAAAAGUUCAGCUCAACAGUAAAUGUGAGAUGACUAAGAGUCGGUGAACUUGAACAUAGAUCAAUGGAAAUUAGCCAAUCUGAAAAACAGGAAAGGAUUGAAAAAGUGAAAACACCUCAGUGACACCUGUGGGACAAUAUCAAAAGCUCUAAUUUCCAUGUAAUUGGAGUGAAGAGAGACAUAUUGGAGCAGAAAAAAAUAUUUGAAGAUAUGUUGAUUGAAAUGUUUCUAAGUUUGCUGAAAGACAUGUAGAGACUCAAGAAGAUCAGCAAACUUCAAGUAGGAUAAGUAUGAAGAAAACCACACCCAGGUACAUUGUUGUCAGUCUGCUGAAAACCAAGGAUAAAGAUAAGAUCUUGAAAGCAGCCAGAGGAAAAUGAUAUAUUACAUACAAGGAAAUAUUGUUUUUCAUCAGAAACAAUGAAGGCCAGAAGGCAGUGGAAAGACAUCUUUAAAGCUUUACAAGGAAAAAAAAACCAUCAAGUCAUAAUUCUAGAGAAAAUACCUUUCAAGAAUAAACACAAUAUAGGGGCUGGCCCAGUGACAUAGUGGCUGAGUUCACGCACUCUGCUUUGGUGGCCUGGGGUUCACGGGUUCGGAUCCCAGGUGCAGACCUGUGCACUGCUUGUCAGGCCAUGCUGUGGCAGGCGUCCCGAGUGUAAAGUGGAGGAUGAUGGGCACGGAUGUUAGCUCAGGGCCAGUCUGCCUCAGCAAAAGGAAGAGGAUUGGCAAUGGAUGUUAGCUCAGGGCUGGUCUUCCUCACCAAAAAAAAAAAAAAGAAUAAAUACUAUAUAUAUUAUAGUGCUUAUAUAUAUAUUUUAUAUAUAUAAAAUCUCAAGCAAAUUUUUAAAAACUUUCAAAAAAGAGUAAAGGCAAAAUAUCACUGAAAUGUACACUUAAAAUGGUUAAAAUGAUAGACUUGUUUAUAUUUUACCAUAAUAAAAAAUGCAAAAAAGGGAAUUUUUUUUAAAAGGCAAAAUAAAAACAUUUCCAGAUAAUCAAAGAUAAUUAUUUCUUUCCAACAGAACUGCAGUUUAAAAAAUGCUAAAGUAAGUUCUUUGGAGAAAAGGGAAGUGAUAAACAGAAACACUGAUCUGAUAUUUAGGAAGCAAUGAAGCGUAAUAGAAAUGGUAAACAUAUAAUUAAAUAGAAAAUCCUGCCUAUUAAACACAUACUGCAUAUGUUAUGGUUUAUAGCACCUGUAGAGAUAAUGUAUAUGACAAUUAUAGCAGAAAGGACUGGAGGAGGGAGUAAAUGGAACUGUAUACUUUCAGGCUUCUUAUAUUUUACAUGAAGUGGUACAGAAUUACGUCUAAAUAGAUUGUGAAAAGUCAAGGAUGUAUACUGUAAUCCUUAAAGCAACCACUAUACAAGCAACACUAUACAAUGCAAGGAGGUAUAGCUAAAAAGCUAACAAGGAAAUUAAAAUAGAGUUGUGAAAAGUACUUGAUUAACCCAGAAGAAGGCAGGAAAGAAAGGACAAAUGAGUGAGGAAUAGAUGGGACAAACAGAAAAUAAAGAGCAAAAGGUAGACCUAACCAUAGCAAUAAUUACAUUAAAUAUUAGUGGAUUAAACAUUCAAAUGGAAAUGCAAGAUUUUCAGAGUGGAUAAGGAAGCAUUACCGAAUUACAUGCUGUUUACAGAACAUAUUUUAAAUCUAAAUAUAUAGAUAAGUUGAAGGUGUAAGUACGAAAAUAUAUAUACCAGGCAAACAGUGACUAUAAGAAGGCUAGAGAAGCUAUACUGAGAUCAGAUAAAGUAUUUUUCAAGACAAGGAGUACUACCAGAGAUAAAAAGUGGUGUUUUAUAACAAUAAAAGGUAUAAUUCAUCGAAAGACAUAACAAUCAUAGAUGUGUACAUUCCUAAUAAUAAAGCUCUAAAGUACGUGAAGCAAAAAUUGGCAAAAAUUUAAGGGAGAAAUAGACAACAAUGGAUCAAAAGAGAAACCACGUGGGAAAUUAAAAACACUUUGAAUAGUAAUGAAAAUGCAACAUAUCAAAAUUGAAAUGAUUCAGCUAAAGAAAUAAUUAAAGGGAAAGGUAUAAGAAUCAAUGACCUAUGGCUGUUCUGCCCAAUGUGGUAACCACUAUCUACAUGCUGCCAUUGAGCAUUGAAAUGUGAUUAACACAAAUGAGGAACUGAAUUUUUUAUUUUACUUAAUAUUAUCUAAUUUUAAAUAAUUUAAAUUUAAAAAGAAAUAAAAAACUGAAGCAGUGUAAAAUAUUCUUCCUUCAAACACAACUUAACUGUUUUGGUAAGACUAUAUUUCAUUUUAACCAUUGCAUUGCAUAGAUGUUUAUUAUUUCAGUUGUGGGAGAAAAUUUUUAAUGAUGAGGAAAGGACUAAAAACUA